AAAAGAUACUUUGACAGUGACAAUUAGUCACUUUUGCCUAAACAGUGUUUGUCCACGAAACUAUUGAAAUACUUUCAUUUUUGUUGUAACAUAAUAUAUUCUAGUAUAAAGAAAUCAUGGGUUGCGAUGGAGGUACUAUACCGCGUCGAGAUGAGCUCGUCCGGAUGAAGAAAAAGCCAGAACAGAAAGAUAAAGAUGCGGAAAGAUCAUUUAAGUGGAGAAACUGUGCGUUAUCCCAGCAACCACUCCAGACUCCAGUUGUUGCUUGUGGCCUAGGCAGGCUGUACAGUAAGAGCUCUGUCAUUGAAGCAUUACUGGACAAGGAAACUAAACCAGAGUCCAUCAACCACAUCAAGAACCUUAAGGAUAUCAAAGAUCUGAAUCUGGUGAAGAACCCUGCAUACACAGCAGCUGACCACACUGAAGGUGCAGUUGGUGAGGGUAACGCCCCCUACAUCUGCCCCAUCAGUGGCUUGGAGAUGUCCGGCAAGUUCCGUUUUGUCUUCCUCUGGAGCUGUGGCUGUGUCCUCGCAGAAAGGGCACUUAAAGAAGUCAAGCAGAAUCUGUGCCACAUGUGCCAGCAGCCAUUCACUGAUAAUGAUGUUGUCAUACUCAAUGGAACUGAUGAGGACAUUGAAAAACUCAAGGAAAAGAUGGCCCUGCGUGUUGCCAGUAGGAAAAGCAGUAAGAAAUCGAAAGCAGAGAAAACAGAAAAAUCAGAAAUCAAAAUAGAGCCAGCCACACCAUCAUCAUCAACACAAAAUGGAACAGAAGGAGUUGAAGUUAAAGUUGAAAAUGAAGUGAAAGAGGAACCACAAGCUGGGCCGAGUUCCAGCCAAGCUGUCAAGAAAGAAAUUGAGACUAUCCCACUGUCAUUACCAAAGUACAACCCCAAUAAACAGGCGCGGGGUCAUUUCGGAUCGACGAAACGCGCCAACCCCACUGAACUGGCUCAGGACCCGUCGUACAAGAAGACUAAAAAAGACUACAGUGUAGCUAAGGACCCACAGACCAGUGAAGUCUACAAGUCACUGUUCACAUCACAUCAAACUGACAAGAGUCAAAAGAGAGCUCACUGGGUCACUUAUAAUCCAUUCUACAAUUAAGUUAGCAUAAGUAAUUUAAUGUCGUGAUGGUUUUCUGAUUUUCUAUCGUAUUUAUAAGUGCAAUGGUGCACAUUCCCAACCAGAAUAAGCAAGUUAAAAUCUGACUUUAUCCUUUGAGAAAGACAACCAUUUUAUGACUGUACAAUAUGUACUUUCGUAAUUAGAGACGCUAAUAAUAAAGAGAGAACUUUGAUUCAAAAUACUAGAAUUUUGACUCCAAGCCCCUGUGAGCAAAAAGCAUGAGUGAUGAUGAGAUUCUUCCGAUAUUUGAAAAGUUUUUUUAUUUAUAAUUUAAAAU